AUGGUGCGCACGUCAUUCGCAUAUUCUUUGGAAGACGAGAGCUUUGGCCCCAGAAGCAAGAACAGCACGAUCAACGGCAGCCGUAACACCGCGUUCAACGAGAACGACCCUCCAGAGUCGACCUUGAUCAAAGAAGAGGACUUCACGGGCGUCCUCAGGAGGGCCAGGAUGACCAAGGCGGACUGGCUGCUGAGCACACCCCAAGGCCAGUACGCGUUGAUCAUAAUGAUUGGCUUCGCGAUCGUGAUAUCUUGCGGAUUCAGUUGGUCGAUCGUGACCUGGCAUUGUGAUGACGUCGAGAUCGGCGAGAUGGACUUGCGAUAUAGCAUCUUCCACGCCUGGGACUUCUUCAUCGACCCCGGCACGCAGACCGGCAUCGACCCGGAGCGGUGCGUGUCGGCCAAGCUGGUCGCCAUGCUGUUCAGCAUGCUGGGGUUUAUCUGGAACCUCGUCCUUCUCGGUAUCAUAGUCGAGUCCGCGCGGAGCUUGCUGGAGCGCUGGGCCGAGGAUCGCUACUUCAUCGUUCUCACAGGCCACGUCGUCAUCCUGGGCUGGAGCGACAAGACCGAGUUCCUUUUGGAAGAGGUCCUCCGGCAGGCCUCCGACGACAACGCGCGCGCCACGGUGGUGAUCCUGGCCGAGAGGUCCCGCGUCGACAUGAAGCUGGACAUCCGGCAGUUCAUGCUGCAGCACAGAGACCUCCAGAUGCACAAUGUCAAGGUCUGGCAGGGCUGCCCGCACUCCGUGAACUCCCUCAUGCGCGUGAGCACAGGCUCCGCCCGGACGGUUAUCGUGCUGGGGACGGGGCACGGCGACCCGCACAAGUCGGACCUGCAGGUGGUGCGGACCGUCGCCGCGCUGGCAGCGCUGCCGGAGUCGCAUGACUUGAGCGGAAAGGCGAUCGCCGAAGUAGAGUGCGCGGAUACGGUGCCGGUCGUGGAGGCGCUGCUGCCCCAGUCCGAGGGCAUCUGCGCCCGCAGCGCCGUGAACCGCAUGCUGUGCCUGCUGGCCGCGCAGCCCGUGGUUGGCGACUGCUUCCUUUCGAUCAUCCCGUUCCGCUCUGGGGUGAACGUGUGCGAGUUGCCAGCAACGGCCCUGACGGGGACGACGUUCGGUGCGGCAUGCCGGCAGAACGACCAGCUUCUCUGUGUGGGUAUUCGACCGAAGGGCGAGUACCCCGUCAUGGGGCCUCCCGACGACACAGUGCUGGCCGAGGGCGACGUCCUAAUCUUUUUG